ACCUUGGGAUUAUUUUGGCAGCCAAAUAGCUUGGGGUUCGUCACCGAAGACAUCAAUUCAACGCUGCCAGAUCACCGACUUCUGCGGGCUUUCUAAACUGCGACGCCUUGCUGACGCCUCGAUUUUCACACAUUACAAUAUGUCGGACACGGCGACCGCCACCGACGCAACCUCUUCCCCGCGAGGAGCACAUAGAGGCCGAGGCAAUCGCUCAAAUCAGCACAACCGCACUGGAUCCUACGAUCACAACGCGCCCGACAAUCGAGGUAGAGGGGCUGGAAAUCGUGGAAGACGAAGUUCAAGAGGAGGCAGAGGAAGAGCUAGAGAACAUGGGAGAGACGCCACAUCUUCAACACCAUUGUCUCCACAAUCUACAGCGGAAACCACUUCUGGAAGACCACCUGGAGGCGGCUCCGGUGCGCGCCUGACCGGAGCUGCCUCAAAAAUUGAAGGCGAUUCAAGUGAACCUCAUCCUCGGGGUGAUGACAAUGAGCCUGGACCCGCAGACGAAGCGGAACUGUGCUUUAUCUGCGCCAGUCCCAUCGAACAUGUCUCCAUUGCACCUUGCAACCAUCAAACCUGCCACAUUUGCUCCUUGAGGCUGAGGGCACUUUAUAAGACACGAGCUUGCGCGCACUGCAGGACGGAAGCACCCUUCGUGAUCUUUACCGACAACGCAGAGAAACGGUACGAAGACUUCAAGGACAACGAGUUCGUCAAGAUCGACGAUAAUUUGGGAAUCAAGUACGAAAAAGACAUCAUCUUAGAAGAUACCAUACUCCUACUUCGGUAUAAUUGUCCAGACAAAGAUUGUGAUGUUGCUUGCCUCGGCUGGCCGGACCUACAUCGCCAUGUCAAAACCAAGCAUGGAAAAGUAAUGUGCGAUUUAUGCACGAGAAACAAGAAAGUCUUCACCCAUGAGCACGACUUGUUCACGCUCGGCGAGUUACGCAAGCACGAGAAAUUCGGCGACGAUAACCCAGGAGCUGUUGACCAGUCUGGCUUUAAAGGACAUCCUGAAUGCGGGUUUUGCAAACAAAGAUUCUACGGAGAUGAUGAGCUUUAUGCUCACUGCCGAGAGAAACAUGAGAGGUGUCACAUUUGCGAUAGACGCAAUGGCGGAAGGAAUCCACAAUACUACCUCAAUUAUCAAGCACUGGAGAAACAUUUCGCGGCGGACCAUUUUGUCUGCCUGGACGCGGAAUGUCAAGCCAACAAGACGAAUGUGUUUGAGUCGGAGAUGGAUCUCAAGGCUCAUCAACUUUCCGAACACCCGAAUGGGCUUUCUAAGGAUGCUAGAAGGGAUGCUCGACUUGUCGAUUUGUCCGGUUUUGCUCUCCGAGAACCUUACCCACUACCUCGAAGAUGGAAUCGGGAAAAUCGUGGCGCUGGAAGGGGACGUGAUCCCAAUGCUGAGCCCUUGCCCGUUUCAAGUGCUCAGCCACUUGGCCGUGCAGAACUAGCAUAUCAACGUCAACUUGCGAUACAAAGCUCUCAAUCAGUGUCGAGCAGGAAUUUUGGGGGCCAACUGACGCAAACCGCACCCGUAGCCCGCCGUCAGCCAACUUCUCCGCAACCAACUCCAUCAUUACCUGCUGUUGAAAAUCUCACUGUCGAGGACAGGACCAUACCAGCUGCGGCCAUGACGCCUCAAGAACAAGCACGAGCACUGCGCCACCAGGCAGUAACUGAGCGUGCCACAUCGCUCCUCAAGAACGACAAGAGUAAACUUUCUCAAUUCCGAACCCAUGUCUCCGCUUACCGCAGCGGCACUAGCUCUGCGAAUAAUCUCAUUGACUCAUUCUUUUCUCUUUUCGACUGUCCAAGUUCUGAACUGGGAAAGCUCAUCCGCGAAUUGGCAGAUUUGUACGAAGACGAGACGAAGCGUCAGGCUCUGCUGCAGGCGUGGAACAAUUGGCGCAGUAUCAACGAGGAUUAUCCCAGCCUCCCCGGUCCGAGUGGCACUCUCCCAGGCGUUUCGAGUGGUCCUGCAAGUUCUGGUCGACGGGUGUUAACGCUCAAGAAGAGUACAGCCCAGUCAUCUCGCUCGGCGGUGUCAAGACAAGGUUUCUUGGGUAAUGCCUUGGCUCGGGGAACAAGUCAAGAUCCAUUUCCCGCGUUGUCAGGCGCAGAUAGAAGCACUCCGCGCGCAAAUGCACCAUCAGCACCCCCUGCAUGGGGCAAUACAUCCGCGCCCACGGUUUCCAACACCACCCAGAGCGCCGUACGCCUAGCAGCACCUACGGCUGCGUCCACGAUUCGUCAGAAAACCAACACCCGUAACACUGCCCCGCCGCACCCAACGGAGGAUGCCUUUCCCUCGUUGCCCGCUGCGCCGAAACCAAACACUAUGAUGGCUGGCUUCAACACGCGGGGCUCGGUCAGAUGGCUCAGCUCACCUUCCGGCUCGGGGACCACCACUACGGUGAAUCCAUGGGGAAACGGAGGGUUGGCCCCCACACCAGCACAGGCACAGGCAACCGGAGACGCCAGUGCAGGUCGCCCGGGCGGUGGAGUUGGUGACAGCGCCGACGAUGGAGAAGUGGCUUCGGCAGGGAAAAGGAAAGGAAAGAAGGGGAAGAAAGGAGAGACCUUGUUCCAUUUCGGGUAGAACCAACUAUCCGCUAUCGCAAUGGCGUAACGCAUUCCACGAGACGUAACUGAUCAAACAUCACAAAAGUCGAGGGCGGAAUGGUGUGCGGAGUACAGCUUUUAGAUUUGUGCAGGGAAAAAAAAUUGCCAUUUUGUGCAAGGUGUAGCCAGGGGAAUGCCGAUGAAACGGAUACGAGACAUUGACCGGGGGAACCUUAGAUCAACAAGAGAUACUUGAGCAAUCGACUUCUUUGGCUUCGUUUUCCGA